UUCUUGUAUUGUAAGCCUUCCAGCAGACGACCAGUGUAUCAACCAGAGAAAUUUCCGGCUCCAAGAAACUAGGAAGACGUUCAAAAUCAGCCCUUCUAAGCUCGGAAUAUACCAUGAGCUAAAUAUGACUGCAAAUGCUUUAUCGAGCCACUAUCAGUCGGAUCCGCUGAAUGCUUAUUGGAUGGGAUUAUAUAAGGGGACCAUACGUAGAAACAUUGCUAUCGGUGGCAGCUUCUUGGCAAAGCAUGCUGGUCAAGAGUUUAAAGUCGUGGACAACUACACGGAUCUCUUUGAAAUUUUUGUGAAAUCUCAGAAAUGGAACAUGGCGAUGGAAGACCGCAGAUAUUUCAAGUUUCCUUUCCAAGAUCCUCAAGUACCUUUUCAGAAGAUUAUCGAUAUAUGCAAAUGGAGGGAAGACCAGUACUUUACCGAACAAAGGCUGGCUGGGGUCAACCCUAUGUCUAUUCAAAGAGUUUCAUACUACAAAAAUGACCCAGGUGUCACUUGGAGUCAGCUUCAACAAAAGCUAAAUACCACAUUUCCCUGGACAUCGACAAUUCGCAAAACAACUGGGAAAACUUAUUUGUCUUUUUAUGAGACGUUGCAAUACAACUAUGUCUAUGUACUCCAUUAUCCCGAGUACGACAGUCUUGAAACAUUAACAGAGCAUAUGCCUCCUGGUAGAACUAUCAAGAAAGCUGUGUCUCCGAUAGCGAUCUUUGUUUCCAAACCAAGGAAUUACGGACCUAACAAGCUAGUCCCAAUUGCAAUACAAAUGGGGCACACUCAGGAUUCCCCUGUCUACACCCCCGAUGACAGUCCCGAUGAAUGGCUAUUAGCAAAACAGACUGUCCAGGUUGCUGACUUUGCAUAUGGUCAAACAAUUGAACAUUUGUUGAAAACCCAUUUAUUCAUGGAGCCAAUCUGUGCCAGUGUACUACGUUAUCUCGACAUUUUGCAUCCUCUCCAUCAAAUCCUUAAAUAUCACUGUAGAGGAAUCUUCGGUACUAACAAGUUUGGGGGUCCUUAUCUUCUAAAUCCCUAUAAUGGGACUAUGGAAAAACUAUUUGCUGUGGGAUUCAAAGGCGCGAAAACAAUGAUGUCUAAGGCCUUUGGAAAAAUCAAUUGGGAUAUGACUGAUUUUCAAAAAAAUAUCAAGGAUCGAGGUCUGGAUGAUAAAAAGAAACUCCCGUUUUAUCCUUACAGGGAUGACGGUCAAGUCAUUUACAAAAUAAUCAAUGAUCUUUCAAGGGAAUAUAUCAACCUGUAAGUUUAUUUUUGACGCUGAUACCUGGAUGUGAAUGAUAC